GGUAUUGAGUCUAACAGGACAAUAAUUGUACUAGUUAAAAAUGUCUGAAUUAAACAAGAGCUAUCCUUUUAAGGGUGUCGAUGUUGAUCCUGAACAAAUUGAAAAAUUAAAAAAUUAUUAUGAUGAUACAUUGUUCGCCUUAUUUACUACGCGCUAUGGACCAAAAGGAUAUCUGUUUACUAAAGAUUUUGGAAGCCUCGGUGCGGAAAUUUACAAUAUGGAUUUGAGACCUUCAGACAUAUUUGUAGUUACUUUUCCUAAAUGCGGUACAACAUGGACUCAGGAGUUGGUCUGGCUGGUAGCUAACGAUUUUAAUUACGAAGCCGCCGCCGCCAGUACUCUCAACACUCGGUUCCCAUUCAUAGAGUCAUCGGUGUUAAUGAACAAUGGUUCGAUUUCGACCGUUUUCAAGGACGAUAAGCUGAUAGAAAGUAUGGUGAAAAAUGUAUUUAAGUUGGAUAAUGUGAAUAACCUGCCGUCCCCGAGGUUCCUCAAGUCCCACUUGCCGCUGUCAAUGCUAUCACCUCGUCUACUUGAUACCUGCAAGGUGGUGUACGUGGCGCGUGACCCGAGAGAUGUCGCUGUCUCUUUCUAUCACCACAGUGAUCUGAUGAAAAUGUUGAAGGAAGGCAGUGACUUCAAGACUUAUUGGAAUUUGUUUAUAAAAGAUUUAAUUUCCUGGACACCAUUCUUCGAACAUCUCAAAGAAGCUUGGGAGUUGCGGAAUCAUCCUAAUAUGCUAUUUUUAUUUUAUGAAGAACUUUCCCAAGAUCUAGCUGCGUGCGCGCGUCGUAUCGCAAAGUUUCUGGACAAGGAGGUGACAGAAGAGCAAAUAGAAAAGCUCUGUGACCAUCUUAAGAUAGAUAACUUUAAGAAGAACAAAUCUGUUAAUUUGAAAGAUUUGCAACAAAUAGGAGUUUUUAAUUCAAAAGGGAGUUUCAUAAGAGAAGGGAAAGUCGGUGGGUGGAGGAAACAUUUUGACGAGGAGAUGGCACAACAAGCAGAACAAUGGAUGGAAGAGAAUUUGAGAGACACAGACUUAAGAUUCCCUAACUUCUGAUUAAAAUACUAAGCUUUAGCUUCAAUUGUUUUUUAACUGGUUAUAUUAUUAAAAUUUAUGUGGUUUAAGGUUUUAUAACAUUAAUUAAAGCAACUUUUACAAAAGUCUCU